AAAAUAAAUAAACAAGAGAAAGAAACAAUAUUAACAACAAAAAAACGGAGAAAUUUAUUUUUUUACUAAAGUUGGAGAAAAAGUCAUAAAAAAAUAUUUAGUGAAAAAUUAGUGAAUUUUACAAGAUAAUUAAAUAAUAUGGAUUACCGUUUAUUGCUGAAAAUACUUGCAUUUCUUUUGAUAUCGGUACUGGUGACGGCACAGGCACAAAAUGAUUAUGGUGAAGAGCCUCCAGAAGGUUAUUAUGCUUUUGUGGAAUCACCCAAUGCCAUACCUCCCAAAGUGAGGCCACCACCCUAUACACAUGUCAAUGUUGAUUGUAAGAAUGUAGCCAGUGGUAAAAAAUCAGCUGUUUCCGUUAAUAAUAUUUGUGGUGAUUUGAAUAAGGGACAAAUACCCAAAAAUCCCUUAAGACAAAACGUUUUAGGAGAACCCUAUCCUUUUGAAUUGAUACGUAAUCAUACGUUGAAAUUUUUAUCUAAAACCUUGCCGGUAUUAAAAGCUGAUGAUACUUUGCCUAAAGUGACGCAAAUAAUACGUGAUGAUCCUGUUGAACCAGUAGAUAAUAAUAAUAUUGAUCGUCAUUAUGCGGUUAGAACUAAAAGAGAAGCUGUUGCUAGUAAAGUGCAAGCUAAAGGAGAGUCACAUAACUAUGGUUAUUUUGAUCCGGCCAUAGAUGAGGAAGAACGUUCUCAAAAACAGCAAAAAGAAGCCGAAGAACGUAAACCACGUAAAUUUUGUGAUGGUGGUGGUUUAUUCUGUACCAUUUACAAGGCCAUACAAGGUGAAACAUCUACGCCCCAGGCAGCUCCUUUGACAGCCGAAAGACGUGAAGAAAUUGGUCCCAUACGUUAUGAAGGACCACCCACCCCUUGUCCCGCCAAAGUAGAAUAUGCCACACCUGUAUUUGCUAAAAAUUAUCAAGGUUCCUGGCGUUAUGUAGUUCAGAUACCCUACGAGGGUUAUUUCACUCAAACAGUGGAGGUAACACGCUGUAUACAGGCUCGUUGUCAUUAUUUAGAUGGUGGAUGUUUAUCAUCACCCCGUUGGGUUAGUCUUUUAGUAGCAGAAAUAUUCUAUCCUAAUGCCGAAGAUACUGUGCCACAGUCAUCGACUACUACACCAGCUCCUUCCGUACAAGAUUUCCAAGCUUAUCAACAAUAUUUGCAAAAACGUGCUGGUGUAGCCACUGCUUCCGAUGGCACCAGUCAUGGUGGUGCCAAUGGUUCAGGUGACUUUAGUCAACAUUGUGAUGGUCAUGAUGAGAUUGGUUGUUUCCAAGUACGUUUGUAUUAUGAUUGGUUCCUAAUUCCUGGUUCCUGUAAAUGUUGGCGUCCCGAUUACUUUGCCAAAUAUGUGCGCAGAAAGUCGGUAGCCGAUUUGUAAGGAGUUGUAUUCGAAGAAAGGAGUUUGAAUUAAUUUAAACAAAUCUACGCCAAUUCCUUGCUUAAUUUUUAAUUAUAAAAAAAAAAAAAUAUUUCCAAUAGUUUUAGUUACAUACAAUUAAUUUUAAGUUUUCUUAUAAUGAAAUUUACAUUCUUAGAAUCCUUUCGGAUGAAAUAUUCCGAUAAAUUUCUUCACUUCAAUAUGAAUUUAUAAAUACAAAGGAUACUCAAGAGUCUGAAUUUCGUUUAGCCGAUUUACAAAUCAAUGCUCACCAGAGUUUUGAAUUAGUUAAAUCAUUUGAUAUUUAAUCAUAAUCUUUAAAUAUUCAAUAAUAUUUUUAAAACAACAACAAUUUAUUAAUUUAAAUCUCCUAUUAUAUUUAUUAGCUUAUUUUCAAGAUUAUUCAAUUAUAUUAUUUAAUCUUCUACUUUUUUUUGAUGACUGAUUUUUACUUUUCUUUAGUUUAAUAAUAUUUUAAUAAUUUUUGUAUGUUUAUAUGGUUUAUAGUGGCUUAAACAUUACUAUAACCCAAAUAGUUAUUAAAAUAAUUCGAAAUAAAAACUAUAAAAUUUGAUUUGUAUUCAAUAAUAAAGUAGUUCUAAAACACA